AUGUAUGAAAAUUUGGGAUAUACAGUGUUUAGGCAAAUUACUGAUUAUUAUUCGGCUACAGAUGAUGGAAAAACUGAUGAGGAUGCUUUUGAUAUGAGAAAAGCACUUUCUUGGGAUGUUGGGAAGAAGUCAGUAAUACCCUUAAAAACACCCGUGCAUUUUAGUGAAGUUGAAGAAGCUCAUUGAAGUAUCUCAUUGUUUUAGUGUUAGUUUAUUUUUUUCUGAAUUAUUUUUUAUUUAUAUUUUUCCUCUAUUUUUCCUUUGUUAGCUUUUACCCUUAAAUUUUUUUUUCAGAAAAUAAAAAUUUUUUCAUUUCCUGUUCUCGUUAUACCUCCUAGGGAAUGAAUCGGGUUACCUGAAACCUUGAAUUUUCCAUGGAAAAUUUUCCAUAAACGGAAGAAAUAUGGCUUAUUG